AUAGCCACCCCCGCAACAGCCCAGCUUUCAGGUGCGCAACCGCACGGACAUGGCUGGGGUCAGAGCAAGGCCAUUUCUCCGGUGUGAGGUGGUGCCACGGAAGGUGAAGCUCCAGCGACGCCGCACGCCUCCUUGUCAACAACCCACACAGGUGGCUGCCGCUGCGAUAGAGUUGCUCUCCGCCUCGAUGGAGUGCCCCGUACCGCCGGCGGCUUCUCCCUCGCCACGCCGGAUCCAACAAGGUGUGUACAUACGUCUCACACUUCAGAUGCGGCGCAUGAGGAAGCGUUCUAGUUUCAGCAGAGUUGAAUCGAUUUCGAUUGCGCUGCAGAGUUCAGAACCUACUGUACUCAGUUGCAUAAUUGCAUUGCACAACCGAGUAGUAUGGAUUUUUGGAUUCUAUGUGAGGACCGGCUAUAAAAACUUAUCUGCUGAGAUGUAAACUAAUGCCGCGAACUCUUGGCACCUCUUGCACGGGUCAAUCGAUCUGAGUCGUUGUCCCUGCUCGGAUGCUCCUUUGGCUGCAUUCAGAAGUGAGGAAAUGGAGGCAAAAUUACUUGAUUCCUCUGCGUUUUGGUGUUUAUGGUUGACAAUGACAUGCCUAUAGAUAUCCAGUUCAACGGUGCCCAUCAAAAUUGUAGUUAAUUGCUCCUUCUUUUUUUACUACUAUUGAUGUAGCCUUGUAGGUAGUUUCCAUUCAAUUUCCAUAUUGCCUGAUUCAAAUUAUGUUGUACAGAUGAAACCAAACAAUUUUGUUUCUAAUGAUCAGCUCAUUUUUUAUAUGGACUUGGAUGGCCGAUGUAAAGCGUACAUUAUGUUGUACAGCUGGAACCAAACAAUUUUGUUUCUAAUGAUCAGCUCAUUUCUGAUAUUGACUUGGAUGGCUGAUCCGAUCUAAAGAGUACAUUAUGUUGUACAGCUGGAACCAAACAAUUUUGUUUCUAAUGAUCAGCUCGUUUCUGAUAUUGACUUGGAUGGCCAAUCUAAAGAGUACAGUCAAUAGAAAUACACUUUUUUUCACAUCUUUUGGACAGUGUUCAUGUUGCUUGUUGCUACUUUCAGUUUACACUACUGAAGAAGACAAAUACACAUGCCAGUCGAAAGCAAUACAUGUUUGUUCACUUCUCUUGGACAAUUCUCUUGUUGUUUCUGCUGGUGUUAUGCGGUGAAGUAAUACUCUUCUUGCAAGAAAUCUGUCUCCUAACUAUAAGGGACAUGCGUGUUGCUUCUGAAGCACUGAUGAUACUAAUGCUACAUUGCAUCUCCUGACCUUACCUUCUGAACUUCCAUUUCAAGGAUCCAGUCUGGGCGAGCAAGUAUGGCCAGAGCAGAUGUAAUGCAACUAAAUGGGUUGCAAAAGAACGUGACACAAGAAUGGGAUACUUUCAUGUCCUGGUUGCGCAGCGAGAGAGGGGUCAUGACCCAAGCUGAAGUUCUUGUGCCUCUUUCAAUAAUACUUUUCGCCAUUCAGAUUAUAUUUGGCUGGUGGAGACGCUGUUGCCACAGUUCACUCAUCAAAUACCUGCUCUGGCUUGCUUACAGUACGACACCCUCUGUGGUGAUCUACACUCUUGGUCUUAUGCAGUUGUCUUCAGUUAAUGGUGAGUUGUUUCAUAUUUGGUCUGUUGCGUUGCUCGUGGCCCUUGGUGGUACAAAUAGUAUGACGGCCUAUGUCAUAGAAGACAACGAGCAGUACUGGAGGCAUUUUGUUCAGCAACUUUUGUAUGUGAUUAACUUCUUUGCCAUGCUUAAGGUCCAUUUAAAACUCGAGACAUUCCUGGAUUUAGUUUAUAGUUUCUUAUUGGUAUUUAUUCUAUCUCUGAAUGUUGGAAGGAUUUAUGCGAGUAAGACAGCAAGUAGUUUCUCAGAUGACCGAAGCCUGUAUCUUGCAGAGUAUAUGAAGCAUGAGCACAAAAAUACAACCAGUUACGACCCUGUCACUCUAGAAGGCUACAACUACCUUGUAUCUUGGAGAAGGGUAUCAAGUGAAGGAUUAAGAAGGUUUCCAUUGGUAGGUGAUAAGAUAACUGUCAGCGAUAUCUGGCUUGAUAGCGGGAUCAAUGUACAAUUGAAGGAGCUGUCCCUUUCCUUCGCCUUAUUUCAGCUGUUAAGGAGGCGUUUCUUUGGGGUUUCUUGUCCUGAAUCCAAGCUUCAGAAAACUCAUGAUCUUAUUUUUCGUGGACUGUUGUUGAAUGUAGAAGAGAAUUACAGAACUACAUUCCGGGUGAUUGAGGCAGAAUUGGUUUUUGCUCAUGAUCAUAUGUUUACCAGCUCUGCUUCCUUCAACACUAGAUUGGGUAAACCUAUCAUAAUCCUAAGUAUCAUUAAAUCAGUCAUUUAUUGUUAUGCAAUACUAUGGUCAAUUUUAAAGCACGAAAAUGUUAGUAAAGUAUUCAUGGGGCUACUUCUGGCACUAGAGCUAUUACAACUGUAUGUUUAUUUGUCAUCCGAUUGGGCUAAGCUACGAUCUAUUUGUCGGCUUGAGUGUUCUUUAGAAGGCACUUGUGACAUUGGUUGCCUGUUCUGGGAUAGGCUUCCGCAGUUAUUUGGACGGUGGCAAAACAAGAUUGGUCAGCUCUCAUUACUCAAGGAUUUACACCGCCAAUCAUUCACACAUGACAUGCUAGGAACUCUAUCUUGGUGUAUCUCUGCAAAGAUUCUUCAGUGCCAGGAAUCAUCCUUCUCGAGAGGUAUCAGUAACCCAGGUAUUAAGGGGCCAGACCACAUUAGGUUGUGUGACAAUGUUAAGUUAGCAGUUGCUCAAACUCUGAAACGCAAUGCUGGUAAACUGUCUAAUGGAGAAUCAUCUUUGAGGCGCAAUGGUCAAGAUAGGCUUAUAUGGGCAUGCAGACAGAAAAAUCAUGCCAACUCCAUGUUAAUUUGGCACAUUGCAACAGAGUAUUGCGAGAUCAUACAUGUGCAUCAGUCAGCCACAGCGGAGCAGAUAAGUGAUAAUGACCUUAACCUUGCUAGAUCACUGUCAAGAUACUGUGGAUACUUAAUGGCAUUUGUCCCAGAACUGCUUCCUGACCAUCACUUGGACACUACCGUGUGCUUUCAUGGAGUAAGGAAGGAUGCCCUAGAGUUCCUGCAGGAAGAGAUAUCACUUGAAAGCAAGUGUAGAAAGAUGAAAAAUUUCAGCUGGCGAUUACCACGACAUCAGGGAACUUUUGUGAAGGGGAUACUGCUUGGGAAGCAGCUGGAAAAAAUAGGUCCUGCCAGGUGCUGGACGGUACUGGUAGAUCUCUGGACCGAGAUGAUACUGUACAUUGCUCCAUCAGACAAUGCAAGAGAUCAUAUACAGCAUCUGGCAAACGGUGGGGAAUUCCUUACUCAUUUGUGGGCCUUGCUUUCGCAUGCUGGGAUUUUAACUAGGGAGGAACACAGCUUGGAUGAAGAAAAUACAGUUGUCCAGCCUUGAGGAUGAAAAAUCCAUGAGCAACAAGCACCAGGAUGUAUGUGAUAUGUGUAAUGUAAGACUAGCUUGCUUAUUGCCGUUUUGUAAUUUAUUGAAAGCUGUAUCUAUACUAGGUCUGUUGCGGUGCA